AAGAAAUAUCUCAUGUUCGUGGCUGGAUUAAAGUUAGGGUUUUGCAGGUCCAAUCGUAGUGCUUAAAUUCGUUGCAGGGACCUCGUUGCUUUUGAAAAACCUUUGAUUUUAUUAACAAAUCGCGAAUGCCUCGGAUAACCCCUUGUUGAGCUGUUUUAACUCAAAUAUUCCUCGUCUUCUUUUAACUUCAAUCAGGCAAAAUUGUAUAAUAGAAAUGUCAAAGGGAGAAGUGAAGAGUGAGAUUGUUUCUCUUUUAGAUGGUGGUCUGACUGAAGGAAUAGAUGCAGUGGAUGGCGUAAAGAGUGCAGGAAAGAAAUACUUUCUGCCAGGAGAAUCGUUCAAGAGCUGGACCAAUUAUGGAAAAGCUCUUUGGCAAACGCCCCAGCGGUUCAAGGACCGUGCGCUUUCAAGGGCAGACGAGAUGAAAGAGGUGGGAGAUAUCAGAAAGAGGAGUGAGAAUGAAAUGAGGAGGACACUCAACUGGUGGGAUUUAACCUGGUUUGGAUUUGGUGCAGUCAUCGGAACAGGUAUUUUUGUGCUGACUGGACAGGAAGCCCACAAGGACGCAGGCCCUGCCAUUGUCCUCUCAUAUGCUCUCUCGGGAUUUUCCAUUAUGUUGUCUGUCUUUUGUUUCACUGAAUUCGCAGUUGAGAUUCCUGUAGCAGGCGGUCCAUUUGCAUACUUCCGGGUCGAGUUAGGAGACUUGGCAGCCUUCAUAGCGGCAGGAAACAUAAUCUUGGAAUUGGUGGUGGGCGGAGCCAUGGUGGCUCGAUCCUGGACCUCUUAUUUUGCCACUCUACUCAACCAUUCCCCAGAUGACUUUCGCAUCCACACAAACCUGCCCUCAGAUUUCAACCUGCUGGACCCCAUUGCCGUCGUGGUCACCCUUUUGGCAUCCCUCACCGCCAUAGUAAGCACACGACUAACCUCCCAGCUCAACUGGAUCUCAACUGCCCUCAACACAAUCAUCAUCCUCUUCAUUAUCAUCGCCGGCUUCAUCAAAGGAAACCUAUCAAAUCUCACUCCUUUCCUUCCCUACGGCGUAAAGGGCGUCUUGCGAGCCACAGCUGUAGUCUACUUCGCAUACGGAGGCUUCGACGUCAUAGCCACAGUAGCAGAAGAGACGAAAAACCCGUCUAGAGACAUUCCGCUGGGUUUGCUCGGCUCCAUGUCGGGCAUAACCGUCAUAUACUGUCUCAUGGCACUUGCUCUCGUUCUCAUGCAGAGUUACAUUGAUUUAGACGUCAACGCAGCAUAUUCUUUAGCAUUUCAAAGCAUCGGAUGGAAAUGGGCGAAAUAUGUUGUGGCGCUGGGAUCUCUGAAAGGAAUUACCACUGUUUUAAUGAUGGGCGCAGUUAAACGGGGAAGGUAUUUAAUGCACAUUGCCCGAACUCACAUGAUUCCGCCUUGGUUUGGCUUAGUGAGCGAGAAGACCGGGACACCUAUCAAUGGAACGGCAUUCAUGGCAAUUGCCUCCGCAUCGGUGGCCUUCUUUUCAAGGCUGGAUGUGCUCUCUAACCUUCGCGCUAUCAGUUCUUUGUUCAUAUACGCGCUCUUGUCGGUUGCUCUGCUUGUGAGAAGACAUUAUCUUAGAGGGAAAACUUCUGCAAGUCGCGCUUUUCUUUUGACAACCUUCAUUGUUGUAAUUAUAUGCUCAUCAAUAGGGACUUCUGUAUAUUGGGCUCUGUCCAGCGGAUUGAUUGGGUAUUAUAUUACAGUUCCAGUGUGGUUUCUGGCCACUGCUGGUUUGGCUUUGUUUGUUCCCCAAAGUAGAGAAGCCAAAUUGUGGGGAGUGCCAAUGGUUCCGUGGGUUCCUUCCUUGUCGAUUUUUAUCAACGUUUUUCUGAUGGGGUCGCUGGAUUAUGAGUCGUUUGUCAGAUUUGGGGUUUGCACCAUUGUGAUGUUGGUCUAUUACGCCUUCUUUGGACUUCAUGCCUCCUUCGAUGCUUUUCACAGUGUAGGUGAUACUUAAAAUGUACGAGAACAUAAAAGAAAGGAAAUAUGUGAAAAUUUGUUUUUAAAUUCUCCUUGUUGUAAGAGAAUAGAGAAUGUAGAGAAAGUGAAAUAUAUAAGAAAAUGUAGAGGAAAUGAAAUAUGUAAAAAUUUGUUUAGAUUUCUUUUUGGGGUGAAAUUUA